AAGUAUCUAAUAAUGGAUUAAAGUAAAAAUCUAGCACAUAUUGUGCUUAUCUCCCUGUUAUCAUAAACCCAGUCACAACCAUGACCGAAAAGUUAAACCCAAAAGUCCAGGAAUUUCAGUUCCAUUCGAUCCCGAAAACCACCAAAUGGGAGAGUUUCCAGAAAGUAAUUUACGACCCUUCAACACACGAAAUUUUCGGAAGAACGAAGAAAAGUUGGUACCAAUUGCUAGUUUUCUACUCGAUUUUCUACAUAUGCCUUGCCGCCCUUUUCGCAAUUUGCAUGAAAGGCUUGACUGCGACCUUAAGCGACAAAGAACCGAAAUGGAAGCUUGAGGAAAGCCUAAUUGGGACGAGUCCAGGACUGGGUUUUCGGCCAAUUUCCAACAACACGCAAGAAGGUUCCCUCAUUUGGUACAACUUAAAAGACGUGCAAACAACACAAAAGUGGGUACGACUUGUGGACCAGUUCUUACAACCCUACAAAGUGCAACAAAUCGGCAAAAACUACCAACAAUGCGACUACGAAAUUGCGGUCAAAGAGGGGCACGUGUGUGCGGUAGAAGUGGACAAAUUCGGACCAUGCACUGCUGAAAACAACUACGGGUUCAAUUCAACUUCGCCUUGUGUUUUUCUAAAAUUGAACCGGAUUUUUGGAUGGGUUCCCGAUUACGUAACGCAGCCAGAAAGUGAAAUGCCUGAUGAUUUAAAAGAGAUUAUUACGUACGCCACUUCGAAUAAUAAGAGCCAAGUGUGGAUAAGUUGUGCGGGAGAAAAUCCGUUUGAUCGAGAACAUGUAAUUGGGUUCGAUUACUUUCCAAGUAGGGGGUUUCCCGGAUACUAUUUCCCUUACACUAAUAACGAUAAUUAUCUCAGUCCACUUAUCGCUGUACAAAUAAAUGUUAAAACGAAUGUGAUUGUCAAUAUCGAAUGUAGGGCUUGGGCUAGAAACAUCGCCUAUGAUGGCGGGAACAACCAUCGAGAGGGAUCCGUUCAUUUUGAGAUUUUGGUGGACUCCAAAAAUUGAUAGAAACGUGUAAUUUAUUUGUUAUUUUUUGCACAAAAUAAAGAGACAGUAAUUUGA